GAAGGAUUCACAGCCCCUCUGCUGCUGCUGCCACUGCUGCCCUCUCUGCCUCUGUGUGUAGGUUUUGUAUGUGCAGACGCGUGAUAAAGAUGAAAUGCCAGGAUCGGGCUACCUCCAGGGACACCGUCUCCAUCCUAUAACGUGAGGCAGCCAGCAGCACUAGGAGAGCAGGGAGAAGCUGCAUUCGUCUAGAGAGGCGCCUCCAAAGGACCGGGCGUGAUCCAACAGGAGGGGAUAUUUAUUUUUUAAUAAUUCUCUGCUGUGGAGAGGAGGAAUUGUCGUCAUCUCCCCCACCCCAACAAUCCUUUUUUUUCUCUGGUGCUCCCUCCUUUUCUCCUCCGCCUCCACUCAGAUUUCCCCCCCUCAUUCUUCUAGAGGAGCUCGUUAGAAUAUCAAACCUCCAUGUAUGACAAUUUGUACCUGCAUGGAUUUGAAGAUUCGGAGGCGGGCUCAGCUGAUUCAUACACUAGUAGACCAUCAGACUCAGAUGUAUCUCUGGAGGAGGAGCGCGAGGUGCAGGCCCAGGUUCAGAGCCAAAGCCCAAGCCAGAGCCAAGGACCGGGACAGAGCCGUCAAGAGAGGGAGCAGCAGGCCGCCGUUCAACUGGAGAGAGCCAAGAGUAAACCUGUGGCGUUUGCUGUAAGGACCAAUGUCAGCUACUGUGGCGCCCUGGAUGAGGAUGUUCCAGUACCAGCCACAGCCAUCUCUUUUGAUGCCAAGGACUUCCUCCACAUAAAAGAGAAGUUCAACAAUGACUGGUGGAUCGGACGGUUGGUGAAAGAGGGCUGUGAGAUCGGCUUUAUUCCCAGCCCUCUGAAGCUCGAAAACAUCCGGCUCCAGCAGGAGCAAAAGAGAGGACGAGUCCAAGGUAAGUCUGGAGGAAACUCCUCUUCCAGUGUGGAGGAUGAGGUGUCAGCCUCUAUCCGACCACUCAUAUCCUCAGCAGGAAAGCAGAAACAGAAAGUGACGGAGCACGUCCCCCCAUAUGAUGUGGUUCCCUCCAUGAGGCCUGUGGUGCUGGUGGGACCCUCGCUCAAAGGUUACGAGGUCACAGACAUGAUGCAGAAAGCCUUAUUUGACUUCCUCAAGCACAGAUUUGAUGGCAGGAUAACUAUAACACGAGUCACUGCAGAUAUCUCAUUGGCCAAGAGGUCCGUUCUCAACAACCCCAGUAAGCGAGCCAUUAUUGAAAGAUCCAACACUCGCUCCAGUUUAGCUGAGGUUCAAAGCGAGAUUGAAAGGAUCUUUGAAUUGGCACGCUCCCUUCAGCUAGUUGUGCUGGAUGCUGACACCAUCAACCACCCGGCCCAGCUCCUCAAGACUUCACUGGCGCCAAUCAUAGUCCAUGUCAAAGUCUCCUCGCCAAAGGUUCUUCAGAGGUUAGUCAAGUCCAGAGGAAAGUCACAGAGCAAACACCUCAAUGUCCAGCUUGUGGCAGCAGAAAAACUGUCUCAGUGUCCACCGGAAAUGUUUGACAUCAUCCUGGAUGAAAACCAGCUUGAGGACGCCUGUGAACAUCUCGCAGAAUACCUUGAGGCCUACUGGAAAGCAACUCAUACCUCGAUGGCAACACCUCUAAACCCACUGAUGGGACGGAACCUGGGCCCCACUACGCUCACCCCUUACUCCACCAGCAUCUCCGGCCUGCAGAGCCAAAAAAUGCGACAGAGCAACCACACAGGAGACCACUCCACCGCGAAUGAGCGACGCAACCUGAUGACAUCAGACGAAAAUUACCACAAUGAACGAGCACAUAAGGGACGCAACCGCAUGUCUUCUGGCUCACAGCUCAGCCGAGAGCAGCAGGAGCCCUACCAGGACUACCAGGACCCCUAUCAGGACGCCUACAAGCCCCAUCGCAAUCGAAGUUCACCGGGCAGCUACAGCCACGAUUCCAGGCACCGGCUCUGAGCCCACUUCUGCCACUACCACACUACCAGGACCCUACAGACCCAGGUUCCACUAAAAAUAAUCCCUGCAAUAGAGCCAAGAUGGUCCCCAAAUUGUACUUUUUAUUUUCUUUUUUGUUCUGCCUGGUAAUUUUUCUCUUUGAAAGUUGAAUGGAAUACUGAUCAGGUAUUUGUUUUUAUUCAAACUGUCAAUCAAAAGCAUGAAGAAGUCAGAGGAUUCUGGAUGCCAACAAUAAUUAACACAAAUUUUCCUUUCAUUUAUAUUUCGGGGAUCUUCUUGGAUUGUACUAACACAAUGCUCAGCAGAUGUGCCGCACAGAUUUUUCUUCUUGGGUCUGUCAACAAGCUAGUUUUGGAUACUGGUCAGAAGGUGAUGUAAAGACGUUGGUGUGCCCGAAGUAUCACACCAAGUCGGAAGAACGUCCACUGCACACAGACUGCUGAAAGGCUGCUGCCCCUAUCCUGGGCCGUGUAUAAAUCCUCUCACCAUUUAGCUUAUUGCAUGCCAAUAGUUGGUCAACCUCCGCAUCCACUUAGCUAAUAUUUUGUACCUAGCAUUCUGGAUAAGGUUUAUGUCCAAUUUUCUAAAAUCACCCGGUCGUGGAUCAGCAGUUAGCAGUGGGAGUUGUGGUCCGGUGUGCAGAUAGCUUUGAAAACUGGUGCUUCACAUUCCCUACCCCCAUAUCCCUCAAAAUUGUUUGGCCAUUUGCAAGUCACUUUGAGCAAGGCCAGCUUUUCUGUAGCAUAGCUUUAGCAUCUCAUUAGGGUGAAGAGCCUCGCGGUCACAGAUGCUGACAGUGCUUGGAUCAUAACUGAGCUAUGCUUUAGAGCUUCUGCUCUGAUCAGGUAGCACAGAGAAAGCACUAUCUGUGUGUGUGUCUAUAAUCGUAAACUACAAUAUUAAACCCUACCUGAGAUGUUUUUAGUGUUGUUGUAUGAGGGUGAGACAUUCUGAAGCAAAUCAAGAUGUUUCUUUGGUUUUUAUUUUCCUAAACCUUCAGUAAAAGUACAGUAUCGUCGGCAUAUAUAGACAUUUGUUUGUGGUUAUUUUUCACAUAACUAUACACCUAUCAUUUUAUCUCUAUAAAUCUUCCUUGUAAUGGGGUUAAAACAAUGAGAAUGACCAUGUCAGGAUCAGUGGUGUUUCAUUUAUUUCAUGUGUAGCUGGCAUGAUAACCAGACUGCAGAGCAUGCUCCCUACAGAUGUACGAUAAGAAUUCCUUGGUACUCAACCAUAUCUUUUAAGUAUUUAGCAUCUCCCACUGAAAAAAAAGACAAAAUAAGGAUAGAAAAUAAAAAAACAAACUGCAGUGCAGGUGAAUAAUUUCCCAGGACCUAUGAGGUUUGCAUCUCAGCCGAUAAAAGUGGCAUACAGGACAAAUAUUUGUGGAUGUUGCGUGAUGUAAAAGUGAAGCCACCACAAUUAUAUGUUUCUGUUUAAUCGGUCCUGUAAGAAUAUUAAUUGAGGCAUCAGUUACAGCCUGAGUUUACCGAACCUCCAUAUGGUGCUGCUCUUGUUCCUGAUUAUGGUCAAUGUCCUGUUGUUCUGAUUUAUUCUACAUACCGUUUGCUUUUAAGAUAAAUUUUAUGGAAAUUAUUCAAAGGACUGCUUGAAGAGAUUUAUCCAUUUUUACAUAACAUUUUUAUGGCAAUGUGUCUAAUUUGUUGCAUUUAUUUUUUACCAGGAUGUGUAUACGGUGCCAUCAAAAGGUAUUUGCCCUCAAACAGAAUGCUUUUGUUUUAGCUUUGUCACCAUUGAGUGUUUUAGAUCAUCAAACAAAUUUAAAAAUGGAGAAAGGAAAAUGCAAUUUUCAUGUGAUAAUUUUAUUUAUUAAAGGGAGACAAACAAACCUGGCUUUUAAAGAAAAUACAAAAAUCAAGGCAAUGCAAUAGCUGGAUAAGUUUGGACCUUCUCAUCCCAGCAGGAAAAGAAAAAGACACACUUCCAGUUAAAUUCUGGUAAGAGUAUAAUCUCAGUGAUGCAACUGAUCUGUUAACAUUAUAAACUUUCCUUUUCAUGAUGAUUGACCUUGUUUGUCUUAGGUCUAUACAUAGUGAUUUCUAAAUUGUUUAGGAGUUCAAUAACAAUCAAAAACUUCAUUAAAGAGAAAAGGAUAAGUUGCAUUUAGGGAAAGACCUAUCAGGGUUUUAGAUAAGGAGUUUGGACUUUAAAGCUUAGAAGGUGGUAUCAACUGUACCACAGUUAUCUGUGGUCUGGUGUUGCAUGCAUUAUGCCUGAGGUAGAACUGCCCGAUUAAGUAAAAAACACGAUAAUCAUGAUUAUUUAACAUCAUUACUCAUUGAGUUUGGACACACAUUGCAUCUAUGGCACUUAGACAACAUUCUCCAAAGCAGAAAGUGGCAAAAAUCAUUUUAACAUAAUUUCCACAUGCCUAGGACGUGUUUUGUGAGCUUUGGAAGCCAAAGUUUAAAUUAAAAUGUGAAUCAGAUUAAUUGCACAUUCUUUAGGCUUUAUUUGGGAAGCCUUUGUACCUUAUUACUUUGUCUAUAAUUCUUCUGAUAAGCAUUUGCAUGCAGCUGGUUGAACAAAUGUAUUAGUCUGGGUAUCAUUUGCUCCAGAAUAUAUCCUUUUUGUGCACAUUUUACAGAUGUCAGGCAUGCACCUGUGCAGAAGUGGAAUGGAACCCUUAGUCAUAAAUUGAGUUCACUAGUCCAUCUAUAUCAAGUCAAAAUGUAUUGACAAUAAUGAGCCUAAGAGGACCAAUGACAACUGACUUCAGCAAUAAAAGAAUGAAGCUCGAAAAACUAUUGUUUAAACCUUAGUUUCCACCCAUUGCCAAACAGCCCGAACGUAGCAAACUCUGUAUUGUCCCCUCAUGUUCCUUAGACUGCCUCCAGAUGACAGCAGCAUGCUUUUGGUAUGUGGAUCCGAGUUUGAAAAGUAGCACCACAAAAUUUAAGUUAACAUGUGGCCAUGGUCUUAAAGGGAUAGUUAAAAGGUUAUAAAGUUAAAAGGUUAGAAGCAGUUAAUGUCUUACCUGUGGUCAAUAACUCUCUCGGCAUCUUCACUUGGCAUAAAUUCAGAUUAGCUGGAUGCUGAAGCUGAAGCUAACACUCCGAGAAGUGGGCUUCUAGCUUCUUAAAACAAAUCCAAUCUGCAAUUUAUCUGAGGGCUUCCUUGUGAACGUUUCAACUUUUGUCAUGUUGGUAUGUCAGUUACUCACACAGAAGCUGAUAAUGAUAACAGAGGAAAUGUAGGUUGUAGUGGGUGCACUGCCAAUGAUCUUCCUGUGUGAAACACAUACUAUGAUGGAACAUGUAGACAUGACAUCCAGGAAAUGGCACUCAUUAAGCUGUUGACAUUGUGUUUUCUAUCUUCCUAUGUAUGACAGUGUAUUAAAAAACGUGUCACAUGAAUGUAAAUUUGAGUAGAUUAGGGACAUUUUGAGGAACAUCAUGUUCUGAAUAAUGUGUGUAUUGGGAUCAGGGGUGUGGAAUUCAUAGUGUUCUUCUGUGUCAUGAACAGGUCCAUAACAUAUCCAUGACAUCACACUCUUGUUUGUUUCAUGUUAAAAGAUAAAUUAACCUUCUGGGAAUUAAAUUAAAAACGCUCUAUGAGUGCCCUUACGUGGACAGACUACUUUUAGUCAAAUUAUUUAGAUUCUGAAAAGGUGAAGCUGCUGGUUUCACUUUUAGUUUCAAGCAUCCAGAAUCACCACAUGAGUGAAAUGAUUGUCUGGCACAGUGAGAAAUAAAGUAAUGGUACUAUUAAGUCAUUGUGGUGAUAUUUGAGUUUAGAAAAUCUGUGGCAGCUUCGCUUAGCUGGUGAUCAAACUGUACAUGCUACAGCAUCGAAGGCAUUGUAAGCUGAUACGUGAGCAUUGUUCCUCUACGGUUUAGUGUCUUCCUAUGCCAUUGAAAUGAAAGUAAAAUAAGCAAUAUUGUGACAUGAAUAUUAGUGUUUAUAUAAACGGCAACUAGACUUCUUUUCUUGUUUCUUAAAUAUGUUUCACUUCUCAUCCAAAAGUUUUCUUCAGUUUUAAUCAUGGGCUAGAAGUAUGAGGAUUAUAAAUUAUAGUGAAACUUAUCACACAAGUAGGGUAGUUAGAUAAUAUGAGUCACUGAUCCAACCCCCCCAUUCUCCAUUGUUUGUGUCAGAUGGCUGCAAAGUUUUUACCAAUACCCAUCCUUGGUAUGUCUGGAAUAUGCAUCAACUAGAAUUGGAUGCAUUAAGAUGGAAGUGGUUUGAGGCAAAUUUGUAACAAUAGUCCACAAAGGGUAAUGUUUUUCACAUUCAUUGUAAAUGGCAUCUUUUUCUCCUCUCCUGUCUUUCCUGUGCAAAAUGUGCACAUUGCAGGAUUGUUCUGAUUUCUACACUGGAGAAACAAAACAGGUGCAACACAAACAGAUGACACAGUACAGAAGAGUUAGCACAUUGAGUCAAUGAGUCAAGAUUCACCUACAGUGCCACCUUGACAUUUCUCACAAGGCAGUUUUACAGGCAUUCACACCUUAAGAUAUGUGAUCAAAACAACUCAAGUGUUGGCACCGUUAAGUGACAUGUUUAGAUUAUGUUGGUUAUGUUUGCCAAUUGACAUUAUCCCAAACACUAAACCAAAUGAAGGGUAGGGACAAUAACUCAUGUGACCUUCAAGGUGCCAUUAGUGACCUUAAAGGCCCUAUUAGUGGGUUUGUUCUGACUACAAUUUAUAAGCUUCACACGUCCAAUCCAUGUUAAGAACUAAAAAAGCCUUUUGGAUGAGAGGUGCAACAUAUACAAGAAACGAAAGGUCCAGUUGCAACUAUUUGAGCACCUAGGAUUGGUCCAAUAUAAAAAUUAAACUGGUGCAAAAAUCAAAACUAUCCUAGCGGUAAAGGGAAGACUACCUGGAUGAUUUUUACACUGCCUUACUGUUCUAUUAGGUCUUUACUCUGAUAUGAUCUAUUCUUAGCAAAUGUUUCACUAAGGAAGAUCGUUGGAGGGUGCAUUGCUUCAAUAUACAUUUGUCAUGUAAAUGAUCAUCAGCUUCUGUGUAAAUGACUGCCCACUAUUUAAAUACUUGCAUAUUUAAACUAGACGGGGCCGAUCAUUUUUCAUAUGAAAUGUUGUCAAAGCCUGGUACAGCACUUCCUAAAUAACAUCUUAAACCAUUUUAAGAUAAUUUUAGUUUUGUUUGUGGUUUUGUCAAAUGAUAAAAUCUGACAAAACUCCAUUUUCACCAUUAUGCUGGGUACUUCUGAUAUACUGCAAUGUAAUAAAACUUUGCACAGUUUAGGUUACCAUUACCUUUAUUAACAUAGUCUGAUUUCAUUUUAUUUUGUUCCACAGAUGGUAUUCUUAGAAAGGCAUUUCGGUGCCUCUCUAUUUGUCUCUGACCAGGCCAAGAAAUUUAAGAGUAACUGAACAUUUAAGGGAUGUGCUGAUUUUCUCCCUAUCUUGAACAUCAUAUAUUUCCUCACUAAGUGAGAUUUUAAAAUCUGUAGCAAUGGUGACAAAGCCUAAGUGUGUUGAAAUCUCACUGACAACAGAGAAAAUCAGCAGUCUUAAAAUGAAAUUUUAAUCUGACUUCUGGGCUACUGCUGUCCAUGGCACUGGACAGUGACCUUAUAAUUUACAAAGAUAUUAAAUAUUAAUUUCAAGAUGGAUGCUGCACUAGAACAGUCUUACAAUUGAAUCACAUGCUUUAAUAGCUAUUAAUCAAGACUGUGUUAAGGUUUGCUGAUAACUUGAUUCUAUAUUUCACAGCACUUUAAAACCUGACCAAUGUAAGAGAUAAUAUCGAUAUAAAACAGUAUAAAAAGUGUCAGUAAUGUUAUUUAAGAAGUGCUGAAUAGCAAUGUGGUGGGUUUAGGUUUGUUAAACAAAAUUGUUUUAUUACGUUAUAUGUAUUUCAAUACAGAUAAUCUAAUGUACGAGGUACACUUUAAUGCACCAUGAGGGUAAAGCUUUGUGGCCGGGAAAAACACAUCUUAACGCUGGAGAGCAGCCAAACAGCCAUGUUUUUUUUACGGCUCAUAUAUAACUAGUGCAGACAGAACACCAUUAAAAUUAAAAACGUGUCAAACUCACCACUGCUGUCAACCUGCUAAAGGACUGCUGGUUAGAGUCGCUUCCCAACCAUCUGCUGAACGUCAAACUUCAACAUUUUCUGUAUUGUUAUGUAUUGUCCCCCUGUCAACCGCGACCAAUAACGGGACUUUAAAAGGGAAAAUUUUUCCAAAAAGUACAAACAAAGAAACUGUCCAGAAAUACUUAAAAUUUUUUCUGUUCCGUUUGUAACCAAAAGCUAAUUAGCAAAGAAAAAAGUUGCAAACUAGCAGUUGGGUUUGAAGUGAACCUUGGAAACAAGACACGUGACUCUGCCGCCCAAUAUACUUCUUAAAUGAUGUGAUUGUUGAUUUUGAUUGGCUGUUUAGACAUAAUGAUAGAUUAAAGGACAGAAUGUGGCCGUGAAAUUCGUAAGACUGUAUUUUUUUGGGCUGCACCACUUCCCUCUCCCGGUCUUGUUAAACAGAAGAUGCUCAAAAAUAGUUUAACCCGGCCACUACCGGGCCCUAUCGGUUAAGGGUUCGUUGCGCGCAAAGCAAGUAAAAUAAGAUUUAAAGUCACAUGAAUACUGUUUGCACAAACAGUUUUUUUGUUUGUUUUGUUUUUGUUUUGGAAAUUAAUAGCCUACUUUGGUCUUGACCUCAGUCAAUCUACUGCAUGUAAGAUAUUAUCUUUGCUUAUAAUCUUAAAAAAAAAAAAACUCAUUUCAAAGAUUUUGAUGUAUCCCUUUAAGUUCCUACACUACACUACACUGUAACGUAGCAGCGGCAAAAACAUGUGCUUGAGCACUUGACCACUAGAUGGCAGCAGAGGGAAGCUGUAGUGAGUGCAUCACGUCAUCAAACAAACUUUUUGGUAUAAAAAAAGUUGGUUAAGUGAUUUAUUUUUAAGGUUAAGCAGCAACACUUUAUUGGGCUUUAAUGAUAUUCAGUUUUGUUUAAACAAUUGAAUGUUUCUGGUUAUAAUGCUCUUGUAUUAUUAAGCUUAGAAUUGCCCAUUGCACAAAGAAAAAGCUGGAAAAGUAUGGUAAGCUGAAGCAUGUACAAGGGCAGAGGCUGAUUUUAUUUGCCCUAAUCUCCUUUUUACUUUUUUUUUUUGCACACCAUUGAAUGAAAAUACCGCCGCUAUAUGCAAUCAGUUUGCAUGUUAUUAAUGCAUAAUGGCAUCAAAAUCUCAUUGACUGAUUCAUUAUUAGAAAAUCCAACCAAUCAGGGUUGAGCGGGGCUCCUUGAGACAAUCAGGAGGGAUUUCCAGACCAGAGCUCUGCCGUCCCUCUCUUUGUAACACGCUUAGCGAUGGAUCAUUUAUGCCGAUUUACACUCAAAGGAAUAGAUUAUUACAAAAAUAAUGCCACACUUUUUCACAGACAUUUCUGAACAAUUUUUCGGUCUCAAACUUCUUUAUGAACUUUGCUUUUGGACAGAAACAGACAAACCUAUAGAAUACACGGGGAAGAUGUUUCCUUCAGAAAAACAAAAGACGCAAAAGAGCAACCGUCUAUUCCAGUAGAAAAGUGAUGAAGUAUGAAUAUUUCCUGGCGAUUAUUUUUAUAACAAAUAAAUGUACAUAAUGUCUCUGAGAGAUGCUAUUUGUUGUAUUCAUGUGCUAAGAUGAGACUAAAGCCACCUGGGACAACAGCGAGGUUCAGUAUACAAAGUUUCAGUAAUGUGCAAUACAAAGCGGCAUGCUGUUUUAAAAAUGAGGAACUUCAUGUAGUGUACUAUGCAACCGCAAACUGUGUACAUCGCUUCAUGCUGUGGCUUCUCCAAACCACCCUUUUCCAAGCAGCUUCAUCUGGACUAUUGAGGGAACUUUGUGUUGUUUUCUGUUUUUUUCUGUGGAAAAUGAAAACUUAAGCAGCUAAUGCGGUAUUGCAUGCUUAAUAUACCACUGAAUUUAUAAGAAAAGGGGAAAAAAAAAUACCUGAAAUCCGCAUAUUUCAUUCAAAACAAGUGACUUAAAAAUUUGGUUUUUUCCAAAAUAAAGGAGUUGUUCUGGA